GAUUUAAACAUUCAUUGUGCAAAUUUCAGAGUAACUAUUCGAUAUUGUUUGAUUAUUUGUAUUUUCGCAGAGUGAAAAAUGUUUUGUGGUCUUCGGUUAAUUUUUAAAAGCAAAAAAAAUGCAGUUAAACGCAACAAAGUAAACACAGAAGCCACCAAUAAGCCUUCAGCAGUUUUAGCUGCUGAUCAAGUUUUAGUACCAGAAAAACCAGCUAUAAAUGAGUAUCCAGAUGGUAAAACUUCGGCUAAUUUUACAGAUUUAGCUGCUGAUAAAGAGUCAGCCGUUGCUUUAGCUGAAGCUGGAGUAACAAACAAGUUUGGAUUGAUGCCAUAUGAUUAUAAUUCGGUUGCACCGCUGUUCAAGCAUCCAUCGCAAAAUAUAUGGAAACUGUGGUAUUUCUAUUAUGAUCGCACCAAGGCCUGGCCGGACAUGCAAAAUGAAAUCACUAGCGUUGCCACAGUCGAAGACUUUUGGGAGGUAUAUAAUCAUAUCAAGCUGCCGUCAGAGAUCAAAUUGGGUUGCGAUUAUUCGCUCUUCAAGAGCAACAUACGCCCCAUGUGGGAGGAUGCUGCCAAUAAGUAUGGCGGUCGCUGGGUUCUCACUCUCCAUAAGGAACGCACAGACGAUUUGGAUAUCCUUUGGGAAAAUGUGAUGUUAUGCUUGAUUGGCGAAGUAUUCGAUUAUAUGGAUGAAAUAUGCGGCGCUGUUGUCAGCAUACGUGGACAGACUAACAAGAUAUCCAUCUGGACAUCGAACGGAUACAAUAAGGACACUGUUCUGGCAAUUGGACACAAGAUACUUCAAACUUUAUGCCUGGGUCAGAAGAACAUGAUGCAUUAUCAGUUGCAUAAGCAUUCGAUGGCCAAGCAUGGUUCCCAUAUUCUGGCCACCUACACUCUGUAAAUGCCUUGGAACCAUUCUUCCAAAAUUACGAAACAAUUUGCUUUGCUAUUGUUUCUGUGUAUUAUCGAGAUCGGUCUUUGAAUGAUUGUUGUAUAGUAAGAUCUGUGUUAAUAAAAAUUGCUAACACAUUGUUCCAUGGGAUAAUAAACGAAUU